CAAGUGCGUUAAGCUAGAAGUGAGUGCUGUGGAACCAUCAUUAUUAGAUUUUGCUAAAAAUUUGAACAUGCAAUAAAGGAGGAUGGAAACUACAAGAUAUUUACCGUGGUAAGCACCAACAUCAAAGGUAAGUUAGUCAGGGGCAAUACUAAGGGAAUAUGAAGUCUUUUGUAAGCGGUGACUCCUAGCAAUUUGUCAGUGAAAGAAUUACUUUGUUUUACAACUUAUAAUACUCACGAUCCCCUAACAAAUCUUUGGUUAGAACAUUUCUUACUCAAUAGGACUAGCAUACGGUCUUUCAUCGAUUAUGAGACCAAAAACAUCAAAGGUUUCAUUGAGCACCAAUGCCAGAGACAAAUGCUCUUGCACGGUCAAUGAACAUCAUUAAAGGUCAUGAAAUUAUUGCUUAUUUUCUUCUCAUCAAGAGCCUUCUACAAAUUUCGUGUAGCUCCCAGUAAUAUUUCAUUCAGCAAAAUCAUACUAAAAGCUGGGAUUUUGCACACUGUUCUUACCAUAUCACCAUUAAAACACUUCUUCAUAUCAACCCAUUCCACAUUUCAAAGUACACAAUGUCCUCAACCACUCCCAACAUUGAUGCAAGAGACCGAAUAACUCUACAUGUAGGCACCCAAAGUUUCAUCACCACAGCCGGAACAUUGACUUCAAAGUCCGACUUCUUCAGAAGAUUCCUAUCCCCCACGUGGAACACACCCGAAAAAGAUGGUUCAUACUUUCUCGAUGCCGACCCUAUUCUCUUCGGCCACAUCUUACAAUAUUUGAGACGGAAUAAACCUCCCAUCCUCCACGACGAUUUAAAGGGUCAUGAUAAGGCGAUGUACGUUACACUUCGGCAGGAGGCAUAUUAUUUCGGUUUGAAAUCGUUGACGGAAUGGCUGAAAGAGAAGAAGUAUCUUCAGGUAGUUCAAACCAAGUAUACCGUCCAUGAAAUUGACAAUGGAGUAUCUGGAAGAAUCCCAGCUGGUGCAAAAUAUGAGUUUUAUCCGAAGUGGUCGAUGGAGAAAGUGUAUUUGUGCCCAAGGGGAAAUGAUAACCACAAUGGGCAUCCAAGUGCAUGCGACAGGAAUUGCACGGCUCUCAGAGAUGUGAUCGGCCAACAAUGGGGAGAGAGGCAUAUUUUUGGAGGAGUCAUUUUGACAUAUGAAACAACUUUCAAUGAGGAUUUAUGCGUUGAUAGGUCCUAAAUGGUUGUUCAAUUUUUGCUGGGGGUUAGGUUUAUGGUCCUCUCAAGUCUGACGUCAUCUAAA